GAGUGAUGUUUAACACAUAUUUAACUUUUUUAUUUUAUUUCGUUGUAUUAUUUUAUUUUAUUUCAAUAUGACAUUGAACAAAACAGCACAUUUAUACCGUGACCGAAAUGGCGAUAUUUAUUGGUUAAAAGGAAUGAUAAAUACUGUCAGGGGGUACAAUAAAUGAACAUAAAUAGAAAAGAAGUGACGUGUAUAAAUUAUUAUGUCAAAUUAAAAUAUGAAAUGUCUAAAAUAGACAUAUUUUACAGCUUUGUUAUUUUUCGUAGAAUUAAAAACAAAGGAAUUACACCAAGCGUGACUUUAACUCUGUAUUUUAUGACGUAGUACGUACGAGCUCACGCAAGAGCGAGUGGGCGGGCCGGUUCAAACGUUCCGACGCGGGAAUUAACAAACGCUUGGUUUAGAGACGUAAUGUAAUAUUUAAGGUCUAGUUUAAACGGUAUUAAAACAUUGAUAUAGAGACGUUUAUUAAAUGUUGAUCGGUUUCAUAAAGAGAUAAGCAAGAGACUGUAAAGGAAUGGACGUUAACUAGUUUGUGAUGUUGUCUCAGACUUCUUGCGCGUUCAUGUGGCGACAUCUGCACAUGUAACAUCGUUUAUAAAGAAGACAUAAGAUAUCAAAGAGUACCAAUGGAUCCAAGCAGUGGUCAGAAACCCAGUGCUUGUUUUGGACAGUAUGCAUAUACUGCAGAAGAGUACCAGGCAGUCCAGAAUGCUUUGCGACAGAGACUCGGACCUGAAUACAUCAGCUCCAGACAGGCAGGAGGAGGUCAAAAGGUGUGUUAUAUCGAGGGUCACAGAGUUAUAAGUUUGGCCAAUGAAAUGUUUGGGUACAACGGAUGGUCACAUUCAAUAUCACAACAAAAUGUUGACUUCGUUGACCUUAUCAACGGGAAGUUUUAUGUCGGAGUAAGUGCCUUUGUGAAGGUCCAGUUAAAGGACGGCUCAUUCCAUGAGGACGUGGGGUAUGGUGUGAGUGAAGGCCUUAAAUCCAAAGCUCUGUCGCUGGAGAAAGCAAGAAAAGAAGCUGUUACAGAUGGCUUGAAAAGAUCGCUCAAGUGUUUUGGGAAUGCACUUGGAAACUGUAUUCUAAAUAAGGAGUACCUCAUAGCCAUCAAUAAAAUACCAAAGCAGCCCCCCCCUCCUUUAGACCCAAACAAGACCAAGCGUUGCGAUGAAGAGCCAUCCGUGGCGAAGGCCAGGUACAAAAGCAUGGCCCAAGCCAAAGGCAGUAUAUUUAUCAAGCCGGAGGAACCAAUCAACAACGAUCGCUCGGGGCAGAUGGGAGUUCAAUCCGUACAAGAAGGGCAUGAGAACGGCACUUCAUCCAGGACUUCAUUGACAAACACUGCAGCACAUUCUGGCAACACAUCAGCUCACCAGGAGUCUGAAAACAGGCCGGGCAACACCUCAAGGUCAGCAGCUACCGUGGGUGACCUGUCCUCAUCCGACCCACUGCUGGACCCUAAACACCAGAGGAAGCUGAGACAGCAGCAGCUGCAGCAGAAGUUCAGACAGGAGAUGGAGGCCAAGAAGCUGCAACAGGAACAAGCACAGCAGAAAACGAAAUCUUUAAACUCGUCUACAGAUCAGACGCCACAUCUAAAGCAAGAUGACCCGGAAUUGUGGGACUUUACUUUAAAUGGCAUUGAUGUGCUUGAAGAUCCUGCAGGAAGCUCAUCUGAACCUUUUCGUCCCAGCACGCCGAGUCUGCACAAGAUGGCGACUCGCAGCAAGACUCCACAGAGAGCUCAAUACCUGAGACCACCAGCUCAACCACAGGGCCAUGUUGUUCCUCAUGGGCACGGAGGAUACGGUCAAGUCAGAUCAGACGCAAGAACUACUUCAGGUGGCGCAGAGAGCCCAUACAGACAAGGCCAGAUAAUGAAGAAACGAAGACUGGAAACUUGACAAAUGUUACUUUUUUUUAAGUAAUGUACUUUUAUCUAUUUUAAUUUUUACUUGUAAUGUGUAAAAAAUGAAAU